GGUUGGCCAGUAGCUUAAUUCAAUCACAUGUGUGUUAUGCUGAACGGAUGAUUAUAAAGAAAGUGUUUAAUGGUAUUUUUUUCUGUAUUUAUAGGUAUAGGAAGAAUGUCUACCUUUUCAUCUACUACUUAAUCCAGUUCUGUGGCCACUCAUGGAUAUUUACAAAUAUGACAGCCAGAUUCUUUUCAUUUGGAAAAGAUUCAAUGGUUGACACUUUCUAUGCUAUUGGACUGGUGAUGCAACUUUGCCAAUCCGUCUCCCUCUUGGAACUGCUGCACAUCUAUGUCGGCAUUGAAUCAAGCCGUCUUCUUCCUAGGUUUCUGCAGCUCACAGAAAGAAUCGUCAUCCUGUUUGUGGUGAUCACCAGUCAAGAAGAAGUCCAAGAGAAAUACGUGGUGUGUGUUUUAUUUCUCUUCUGGAACCUGCUGGAUAUGGUUAGGUACACUAAUAGCAUGUUGUCAGUCAUAGGAAUAUCCUACGCCUUCCUGAUCUGGCUCAAUCAGACACUGUGGAUGCCGAUUUAUCCUUUGUGUGUUCUUGCUGAAGCAUUCGCCAUCUAUCAGUCGCUGCCUUAUUUUGAAUCAUUUGGCACUUAUUCCACAAAGCUGCCCUUUGACUUAUCCAUCUAUUUCCCAUAUGUGCUGAAAAUAUAUCUCAUGAUGCUCUUUAUAGGUAUGUAUUUUACCUACAGUCAUCUUUACUCAGAAAGAAGAGACGUCCUCAGAGUCCUUCCCAUUAAAAAGAAGAAAAUGUGAGGCACAGCAUUCUGAUGUGACAUAAGGAAAACAGGCUUGUGGAUUCUGCUGCAGUAAACACAACACAGGAAGCACUCUGGUGGGAAAAUACCUAGCGUUUGACAAAAAUCCAUGACAUGAAAUGACUGUACUCCUCCCGAUGCUGUUCACAUCACAGCACCGAAUAAGACUGCUGUGGAGAAUUCACUUUAUCACUCAGCAAAAGUCUACUAACAUAUACAAGUAAAACACAGAUGCACACGUAACAGCAGAGUCCUGAGCUUUUCCUUUGUCAAACAGGCUAAAUACAAAGCGACGACGACCUUCUUCCAAACAUCUGCGUGCAGCUCGAUGCGUUUUAUUUUACCGCAGUGCGCUUUUCAAGGAACACUCGCAUUCUGGCCUCAGCUUUUGCUUCAAUAAACAGGUUAGUCAGCUGCAUACACAAGCCUGUGUUUGCUCAGGAAACACUUAUUUUGUGCCUGCAGUGUGCCAGUCACAGGUCAUGACAAAGCCUUUGCCAGGCUUCCUGCAAACAAGUUUGUUAUUAAGGAAUGUGCCACAUUUCACUGAGGUCCCUAAGAGAGUUAACUUUUUUUUUCUUUACCUUACUCUGCCUAUGUUGAGCAAAUUGUCCCAUAGAAGAAUCUGUUUCCUCCACUAUUUGAAGUCGCUGUAACAUCCAUAUCUAAAUGUUUCUCUGGAGAAGCUUACGUUUGUUUAAAUUUAUAUACAAAGAACACAGUUACACUUUAUUAUGCUGAAGUAUUAAAGUGAUUUAAAUAAAAAUUAUCUCUCCUUUCCCCACCA